CUUUACUAGCAAACAUCUUGGUCGUCCUUACAAUCUUCUUGAACGUGUCUUGAAGAUUUAUUGUGGCUCUAAUUUUCUAUCUACUUUCUAUCAGCUCCAGAGAUAAGCAUUGAGAUGGACAUUUAUUAAAGAAGAAGGACCGAAGAGAAAUUUAGCUGACUAAAAAUGACAGUAAGUUCCUUUUGUUUCAUUUCACACUUUCAUUGUUCGCAAACCAGGACAGGCGCUUGCUGGGGGGUGGGAUGGUAGAGGGGCCAUGGGGAAAUUAAAUUUUGACGCCCUAUACACCGGCCAAUCUGAUUUGGAGACACGUCACAGUCAUACCAGGUCUUACAAGUCGUAAAGGGACAUGCCGUAUUCUUACUGGGUCUUACAGGUCAUAAUGGGACUUGUUGAAUUCUUACCGGGUCUUACAGGUCAUAAUGGGACAUGUCGAAUUCUUACUGGGUCUUACAGGUCAUAAUGGGACAUGUCGAAAUCUUACUGGGUCUUACAGGUCAUAAUGGGACAUGUCGUAUUCUUACUGGGUCUUACAGGUCACAAUGGGACAUGUCGAAUUCUUACUGGGUCUUACAGAUCAUAAUGGGACAUAUCGUAUUCAUUAAAAAAAAACAUGUCUUGAUAAAUUUCCCAAGACAAAGUAAAUUAUCACAGCAUUCGUUAAUUUUUUUGAAAAAGAGCAGAUGAUACAUCCAGAAAUAAAUGACGUGAAAUAUUAAAAGUAAGCUUAGCCAUUAAAAUACUUCAAUGGGAUUAAAAUAAAGUUAAAGUUCUUUUUCGAUUUUUUUUUUAAAGCGAACGUAAACCAUUGUUUCAGGGCAACCCGCUGUCAUUUGCCAGGAUGGACAACAACACACGAGUAAGCUUUUUGGGCAUGAUAAGGCAGUGCUUACCCAUCACCCACCAUUCAAGAGUUGAUUAUGAGCAAAUGGCUAACAGAUCGUACAUUGAUGUGCCAGAUAUAUACUUCUUGGACCACUGUCAGGUGAAUGCUUAACUAAACGGGCGGUGGUGGUGGUGAUGGACUGGGUAAGUUCCAACAGCAAUAUAUGUCCUCUACCAUUGCACGCUAUGUCAUCUCCACCAGCAACCUUCUCGCGUUUCAAACGAUGCCCUCUCUCAUUGUAAUAUAUGGCAUACCCCCUUGCAAUAUUUGUCAUAUCUCCUUACACUAUAUGUCCUCUCCCAUUACAAUCUACGUCAUCUCCGACUACAAUAUAUGUCAUGACCCACUGCAAUGACAUAUUACAAUUUAAUUUGACAUUAAGCUAAAUUUAUAUAUUCUUACCUCGGUUAAUAUUUUGGCUGUAGGUUGCUACAUGGGCCGACUCAAUUGGAUUAGGACAGUUUUCUCCCCUGUUCAGAUACCAUCUCAUUAAUGGGAGAAAACUCCUCACCCUUGACGCCAUCUCAUUGCACAGACUUGGCUCCAGCAAUAUGAUAGCUAAUAUUCAAAUGGAAAAUGCCAUAAGGUAUCUAAUUCUUUAAAAAAAAAAGAAGUAAGGGGGGUGGGGGUGGGUGGGGUCAUUUUCGAAAGUAUUUCGAUGCAAUGUAAGCUGCUAUCUUACAUUUAAAGAAAACCCAAAUUAAUUACAUGCUUAAAAUUUCAAAAUUAACUUUUUAAAAUUUUAUAAAACUUAUUUAAAUAGAAGUGUUUUACUAAUUUAUAAAAAAGUUGCGCUAAUACUUUUCAACCUCUCUUUUCAGUUAAUCUAGUCCCAACAUCAAAUGUCAAGAUAUUUAGUAUCCUAAUUUGUUAAUACACUUGUUAUUUAUUAAAGAAAUAACACCAUGCCCCACGCGCCCCUUUUUUGCCAUAGGGAUGUGAGUAUCAGAGCCAGACGAGAAAGUGAGAGUUAUCAAGUCCAACCUUACUUUGUCACACAGGCGUUGACUCUGGGUCGUCUGCCGCCACAACGCUACCACAGGGAACUCUUUCAGUUUACAGAUCCCUGGCUGACAGAAAACUACAAUUUUGUGAACAUCAGCGCCAAUGACCUCCGCCUGCACGUGAAGAACCUAAAUACAUACCGCCACUACAGCAACUCAAGGCCGUAGUCAUGGAAACGCACAACAAAACGUUUUUAAAUGAUACAAAUAAAUUCAAGCUUCAUUUUAUCAGGUGUGAGAUUUCGUUUAUCAUAACAUUGAACAUCUGAUGUCUGGCGUAUAGUGGAAAAAAUAAAUUCAUCAUGUCAAC